CAUCUCUCUCUCUCUCUCUCUCUCUCUCUCUCUCUCUCUCUCUCUCUCUUGCUGUAGUGAAAGCUGACUGCUUGUAGUCAUUUAUAUAGCUACACUGUUUGUAAAACAGAGAGAUUAGGCAGCAGAGUGAGCAAGAAAUAUAUAUAAUGCCAAAUUCAGGUGCAUUUUUAAGGCAGCUUAGUGGGAGGGAUAAGACUUGGAAAUCAAAAUCUAGGAGGUGGAAGAGCGCAUAUUACAAUACUGGUUUUGAAGGUAGUGAGAGGGGUUUGAAGCAAAUGGAGGGGCUUAACAUGUAUGGAAUUGAAAAUGGUGGAGAAGGUGGGUUAGUGAGGAAGAGAGUGAUGGUUGUAGUAGACCAGACCUCUUAUUCAAAGCAUGCAAUGAUGUGGGCACUCACACAUGUAGCCAACAAGGGUGAUUUGCUUACUCUCCUUCACAUUCUUCCUCCUUCACACAAGGAAACUGUAAGGGCUUCAGCUGAGUCUCCUUACCUUGCAAACUCUCUUGGGUCACUUUGCAAGGCUUGUAGGCCUGAGGUGGAUGUGGAAGCACUGGUGAUUCAAGGCCCAAAAUUGUCAACAGUGAUGAGCCAAGUGAAGAAGCUGGAGGUGUCUGUAAUGAUAUUGGGACAGAAAAGGCCCUCUCCACUCAUCAACUGCCUCUGUGGGAGCAGCACUAGUGAGGAGUUUGUGGAGCUGUGCAUUGAAAAUGCAGAUUGCUUGACCAUAGGAGUUAGUAAGCGGAGCAAAGGCACAGGUGGGUACCUCAUCAGCACCAGAUGGCAGAAGAACUUCUGGCUCUUGGCUUAGUUUCAGUCAAUAAUAUUUUAGGCCAACAAUUGACAAAUAAUUCCGUAUGAUCGUUAGCUUCUAAUCCCUCCUAUCAGUAUAACUACUAACUAGAUCUCAUGUAUAAUCUUAGUGAUUAAUCUCUCUCUCUCUCUCUCUCUCUCUCUCUUGUUUGUCAAGUGAAACUAUGCUACUGUAAUAAUAUCAACUGUAAUGCAGACUUCUAUAAUGUAAUAGUA